GUUCCUUUGGAUAUUAGAAUGAGUGCUCUUGAAAGUAUAAAAGAAAAGCCUUUUUCUCCAACACGGAAAAGAAAAUUAGAUGAUGAUCAAAGUGAUGAAGAUUUUUAUAAUAACGAAAUUGAUGAAAACAAAAUUGCUCAAUGUCAUAAUGCUUUAAUUCGAUUAUUUGUAUGCUGCGGCAUUCCUUUUCACAUAGUUGAUCAUCCAUUUUUCAAAGAUUUUGUAAAAACUUUAUGUUAUAAUUAUAAUUUACCUGGAAGAACAAUGUUAUCAGAUACAAUUUUAAGUCAUGAAAUUGUAAAGAUAUCAUUAAAGAUAAAACAAGAAUUAAAAUCAGCUAAAAACUUAACUUUAG